AUGGGUAACCAGUUAGCUGAUUGGAUCAAUAAAUUCAAUAUACAGUUUAGAGCAAAAAUUAUUAUACCGGAUAAGCCAACAUUUAAAAGUGGAUCUUUGCUCGAUAUUGCAAUAAUUGACUGGAGACUAAACAAUAUAAACAACAAAUUAAUUGUACAGGAUUAUGAUAGCGAUCAUAAUGCUACGAAUCUUUAUCUAAAACUAAAAGAAACAAUUAGCAAAAAUCAAACUGACGACACUGAAAAGGCAUGCUUUCUGUACAAAAAAACAAAUUGGCCCAAAUAUAAAGAACAGCUCAACAAUACAUACAAGACUAUAAUACCAGAUGACAGAAACUUAGCAAUAGAAGAAAUAGACAGUUAUCUGGAUGAAAUAGAAGAUGCAAUAAAAGAAACAAUAGAAAAAGUAACGCCAAGACUAAAUAUAAAAAACAGGCUGAAGGAAUUAACGAACUUUAAAAUAGUUAAUCUACAUAAAAAGAAGCAAAAGUUGCAAUCAGCCAUUCAUAGAAGAGUGUACAGAAGAGACCCAACAAAUAUAGCAGAAAUUACGGCGCUCAAAAAAGAAAUGAAGAUAAUCAAAAAUGAAAUCCACAAGGAAUUUUGCAAGAAUUCUAACGAACAUUGGAGAAAGUUGGUGCAAGAAAUUGAUUAUAGAGAAUCUGCAAAAUUUUUUCCAAAUUUAAAUAAAAUAUUCAGAAGGAAGGCACACAGGAAUAUAGAUUCAAUUAUUAUAAAUAAAACAGAGCACAUGAUGCUAAUAAAUAAAUACGAUCUGAACAAAGACGUUGGUAAUGGAAAUGGAGGAGAUGCGACUAGUGACAUUAUCACCGUCACAGAUCAGGAGCUACUUCCAGAAAUAAUUGGCUCACAGCUAAAAGUUAUAAAUACACUCCCUAGUUUGGAUAAAAAUAACCUAAGAAACAUUGUAUACAAAAAGGUGAAAGAUUUUAGAGAAGAGAAGGACAGAGAACCCCUGCCUAACACAUUUACAAAAAGAAACUCGGCGCUGUGGCCAACCAAUGAUUCGAGUCUUAGUUAUCUAACAAAUUUUAAAGAAGUUAAAUGUCGCAUCACUAAAAUAUCAAAUAAAACUUCUCAUGGUUUCGACGGAAUCCCGAAUAUAAUAAUUAAAAACAGCACUAACAGGGUGAUUAGAAACUACACAAUUCUCUUCAAUAACUUACUAAACUGGGGAUAUUUCCCAAAUAAAUGGAAAACAGCGAAGGUAAUAGUGCUAGUAAAAAAAAGAGACAAACCCAUAGAACCGGACAAUUUAAGACCAAUAAGCCUGUUGCCAGUAAUCAGCAAAAUUUACGAGCGGAUAAUAAACAGAACAUUAACAACAACAAUACUGAAAAAGGAAAUAAUACCAGAGCAGCAAUUUGGAUUUAAGAAAGGACACUCCACUAUUCAUGCGAUCAACAAAUUAAUGUCAGAUGUAUUGUGGCAUCAUGGCAAAAAUGAGUUAGUGGGAGCAUGCCUCAUUGACCUCAGAAAAGCAUUCGACUCGGUAUGGUUGGAAGGAUUAAUAUAUAAGCUAAUUAAGAAGAACUUCCCACAUCAUUUAAUUAAAAUAAUUGACAACAUGAUUACCAAUAGAAAAUUUAAAGUAGCAAUUGAAAAAAGAAUCUCCAAGGAAACGUUUGCCAUCACUAGAGGAUUACAACAGGGUACAGUCAACUCACCAACGUUAUUCAACAUUUAUAAUGCAGAUAUUUUAAAUAUGUUCAAUAUGAACGAAAAUAGCAAUUUAUAUGCAAUUGCAUUUGCGGAUGACUUAAUAGUAUAUGCUGCGAACAAAAAUUUAAAGAAGACUCAAAUGGAACUUCAAGAAACAUACAAUAAAAUUAAACACUACUACAAUAAUUGGCUCUUACAGAUCAAUCCGAGUAAAUGUGAGACAAUACUAUUCAUAAAUAAACUGGGCCUCAAAUCGAAGAUAACAAAGCGCAACUGGAGAAAUUUCAGACUAAUAGACAUAGAGAAGGAUAUCGUUACUGAAAUUCCCCAUCGUAGGCAUGUCAAAUAUCUUGGAGUAACAUUAGACGACAGAUUAAAUUUCAGCGAGCACAUUAUAAGCCAACUCUUUUAUAAUAUUCACCUAGAAAGGCGGACAAAAGUUAUUGCGUACCAAUGUUUAAUCAGACCCAUAUUGACGUAUGCAUGUCCUAUAUGGUACAACAUUAGCGCAUGUAAGAUGGAAGCAUACAGAUUAUUUGAAAGAAAGUGCCUUAGAGCGUGUUUAAGAUAUUACAGGGAGCCAGAGUACGAUUAUAGAUAUAGAGUUAAGAACACGAAAAUAUACACUAUUGCAAAGAUUGCGAGAAUAGACAUAUUUAUUAUAAAAUUAAUACGUAAACAUAUUAGGGACGCAAUUAAUAAUAAAUACAACAGCCUAAUAUGGGGACCUUACUAUCCGAAAAAUAUGUUUUAUAAAAAUGUAUUAAGGGCAGGUUUAAUACCACCGGAAGCAUUUUUAUAUUUAGAUUUAAAUAACUAUAUCAUCAACGAAUAUGCGCAACCAAUUCUUUACCAUGUUCCAAGGAAUAACAAUAACAAAAGCAUAACAUAUAAACCUAGAAAUUUAAAUCAUAUGUACUUAGUGUACAACACGAAUGUAACUGCAAUAGACAUAGAUACGAUAAGAGAUUUUAAAUACUUUAAAAAGUGA